AUGACCACUUCACUAACAGCAGAGCAGAUGGCUCGAAUAGCCCGGAAUAAGGCAGAAGCUGAUCGUUGCAGAGCACUCAGUCUAGCAAAGUCAAAAGCACAGAUGCAAAGUGUUGUUCAGAAUUCAUCGUCCAACUACCCGAAUGCCUUCUCAUUCAACAAAGAAAAUCCUUCGGCUUCAUCAGCAGCAAAAGAUAUUUCCAAGAACGAUGCAUUUCGAGGAGCAGUGAAUCAGCGGCGACCUCCGACGUUGUUUCAUUCGAGCAAUACGCCGUCUUCAUCAAGCGAGAAUGCUAGGAAGGAUAAUUUUCAUCAAAAAGUAGUCGAAACUGUUUUCGAGAGGGAUCCGUUUUCUUCAUCAGCAGGUCAGCCAGCCGGAAGAAUUAAUUUCACGAAUAACAGUGUACCAUUAGGUGGAGUUGUCAUAAAUCAUGUGGAUCCAACAAUUUGUAUGCCGCACAAAAAGCAGAUUGAUGUGACGUACAGUGUUGUGGAUACUCGUCGUUUUGCAGUGGCAUUUACACCGUUCGAUCAGCUCCUACCAUCUUUGCUGAAACAGAUUCCUUCGAAGUCCUACAAUCCAGAUACGAAACAGUGGACUUUUUCUAUGGACGAUUACGAUGCCGUUGAAACCAAAUUACUUUCUCUUAGAAAUGCGCUCUCAAUAACACUGCAAAAACUUCCUGACAACGUUGUCAAAAUACUCCGUAAUGCAUCUCACGGUGGGAAUGAAGUCACCGAGCAAAAACUGAAAGGUUUUGUUGAUCAAACGAUUUUGGAUGCACUUUUUCCGUAUCAACGAAAGGGAGUGUGUUUCGGUAUUUCGCGUCGUGGUCGUUUGUUGAUUGCAGAUGAGAUGGGUUUGGGGAAGACGAUUCAAGCGUUAGGCAUUAUGCGAUACUUUAAAGCUGACUGGCCGUUGUUGAUCGUCUGUCCGUCAUCAGUUAAAUCAGUUUGGAUGAGUCAAAUUGAACGAUUCUUACCGUCCGUAACAAAUAUUCGAGUGAUCGAGAAAGGUAGUGAUAAAUUGCCCUCUGAAAGGUCGAAUAAAACAGUCGUCAUUAUGAGCUAUGAUCUGAUGGUGAAUAUGCAACGAUCACUUCAAGAGUUUGCGUUCACUGCAGUUAUUUUCGAUGAAUCACAUUUGAUCAAAGACGCACAAGCACAGCGAACGAAAGCUGCAUUCAACAUCUCGGUUUGUUGA